AUGGUGCGACGGCGCCUUGUUAUCGAUCCGAUUUGGAGAGUGAUCGAUGCACAGCAGUACCACUCUCUGUGGGAAGUCCUCUCUCAUGAAGCUGUGUCCUACGGCUUCGUCGGAUUCGACAUGGAAUGGACGACAACACUCCAAGUACCCGAUGCGGACAGCAACAGCAACGGAUCCCCAACGACAUGCGGUACGUCUGGAAAGUCGAAGGCGCGUCGACUGCUGGGGCCCGUCGCGACGAUUCAGCUAAGCACGUACUCAUGCACAAUUGUGGUUAAGUGGAUCCACUUGCACGCCUUGACCGCCGGUGGCUUCGCCGAUGUUCUCCGCGACCCGUUCGCUCCCGCGUCGGCUCGCUGGCCGUGCUACCGUGAGGGGCAAAAGCAAAACUCGGUGGCCCUUCUGCAUGAAGUAUACACAGACCUAUUGCGCCUCAUCCACGACCGACGCAUAUUCAAGACCGGCGUCGGCAUCCAUGGGGAUGAGGUGAAGCUCCAUCGCGAUUACCCGGCGGUCCAGCUUCGGUCAGCGGUGGAUCUGGUUGAGCUGGCAGAUGCCUGUUUGCCUGACAUGGUGCCUGAUCACAGCCGUAAGCACACGGAUCAGGAGGUGACUCUGGUAAGAACCGACUCUUUGCGCAGUCUCAAGAACAUGUGCAGUGCCCUCACCGGGCGAGAGCUGGGCAAGGAUAUGGCUGUUGUGAUGAGCGACUGGGGAGGCUGUCACGGCGCUCUAACGCCGCUGCAGAUUGAGUACGCAGCACAAGACGCUGGGGCGUCGUACGACGUCUGUGUCGCCAUUUUGAAGAGCGGUGGCUUCAUCGUGGACAACUCGAUCUCUGCCACACACUCAGACAGCACAGCAGCCCAUUUGCCGUGGUGUACGGUGAAAGACCUUGACUGUCGUGAAGUGCUGGCUUGCUGCGCCAGACCGCCAAUUAGUGCGUUUAAAGGCACCUCCGCUGCACUGAAAGACGCUGGGAACUCGGCAGCAGGAACCCUAUGCGAUGCCCUUGGAGCUGGCGUGAACGCGUCAGUGUCGAAGGAACCUUGCACUACUGCAGCGGACGAGGGUGGUCCGUUGCAGUGGUGCAAAGGUCGUGAGCGGCCGUACUAUGACAACAUCAGCGUCUUUGAUCCCGACAUGCAGCUGGCCUUCACAGUGGACAAGACCAAAGCGGAUUGGUACGUAAACAAGAAGGGACUAGCGAGGGUGGUGCAGUGGCGCACGCCUGCCGGCGCGAUAGUGAGGGAGGAAGAGAAGGCAACGUUCUCUGAGGCGGUGGAUAACUUGGAGGUGUCCGCCAUUCAGCUCAGCUUUGCGCCAGACUUUUCCCGCUACAGCGACGUGCACAUCCGUCGCAACAUGGACUACUUCAGGCAACCAAAGGAGAACAUCUGCGUCGUGUGCAGUAGUGGCGGGUCGCUCGUGCGGUUUGCCGUCGUGCCACUAAUGUACCGCCGCUUUUUCCCGAGUGUGUACAUGAGUCACAACAGCUACGACCUUCUUUUGCUGUGCCCGCACUGCUUUGCCAAGUCUCGGCGGUUGUACGAUCGCCUGCGCCAGAACGUUGCUGACGACUUUGGCAUUCCACUCAUGCAUCUGCGCGGCAAGCAGCGUGACGAGUACGCGGAUGUAAUACGGAGGAUGGAGCAGGCUAUCGACGUACUGUCUGCUGCUUACGAGGAGGCAAAAGGACGAAUGUUGGCCACAGCGGGGCACGAGGAUGUGCAGGAGAGAGACUGCGAUCUGCACCCGCGCCUCCGGCUUCGAGGGAUGCAAGAUUUUCUUUGUUUGAUGGUGCACCGUGAGAUAUUGGACAAGGUAUUCAGCUUCGCCAAAGCGCUCCACCAUCACUACGAGUCCUUGCAAAGGCAAGGAGAAGCAUGUGACAGCGGCAGCGAUAAGAAUGUAGUGGCCACACCCAGCGGUGCUUGUCGCCCUGAAGGGACGCCAACGAGGCACAAGAGGAGCGACAGACGCCACUGUCAGAAGGCCGGCACCGCUCGCGCAGCUGCCGCCACCAUUCUGCCGGAGGAGCGGCGCACCAUGAUGAUUGAAUACCUGCAAACACACGCUCCUGCCUACCCAUUCUUCGCACGCCAAAGAGGCGAGGACAGCCUUCAGGCCGGUUGGCAGCUUCAAGACGCUGUGUUUCACGCUGAGCGUAAUGGCGCCGCAUCGGCGCAAGGCGUACGUUUCAUUUUGACCGGAGUUUCCGCAUUGCCGGAUGCUGCUGGAUACGUGUGCAGGGAGAGCGCUGGAGUGCAGCAGGGCAACUCGAGCCGCAGUGUGCUGACUCGGUACUGGGUCGGCGAGCAUUCGGAGCUGCUGGCACUGCUCCACACUUUGACUCGUGCGGAGGAGCGGCUGCGCCAGCCAGCGAGCAGCGAUGAGAUGAGGGAAUCAAAUGGCAGCCUUUCGCAGCGAAGCUCGCCACCCGCGGAUAUGACGGCCGAUAGUGAGGUGUCGGAGGUGCCGUACGUGGACAGCCACGCGUUUCUGGUGAUCCGUCUCCUCUUGGAAAAGUACUCCUAUGCACCGUCGCUUGCCAAGACGGGUGACCACGCGGUAGGCCAAUUCAUCUUCCGCUGGCGCUCUAGUUUUCUGGAGGGCAUGCAUCCGCAGCACUUGCCGCGUGGGUGGACUCCGGAGGAUGGCAUUCUACGGUGA